GGUUGUAAACAUUGGCUGCCAGCUGGCCUUGUGUGGAGAGUAGAGCCAUGGAAGGGAUACUAUAUAAAUGGACAAAUUACUGGAAUGGCUGGCAACCAAGGUGGUUUAUAUUAGAUCAAGGGGUUCUGGCCUAUUACAAGUCACAGGAAGAGGUAAACCAGGGCUCCAAAGGCUCAGUGAAGCUUUCAGCAUGUGAAAUAUUAGUACACCCGACGGAUACAAUGCGAAUAGAUAUUGUGAUUCCUUACGAGCAGCACUUUUACCUCAAGGCUCCAUCUCCACAUGAACGUCACGCUUGGUUAGUGGCCCUGGGCAGUGCAAAAGCUGGUAUUCCUCCUGCCAUACCCCAGACAAAAAUUGAAAAAGAGCAAGAACCAGAUAUUGUUAAGGCCAAGAAGUCUGAGCUCCGGCUGACCUGUGACCUCCUGAUGAAACAGGUGUACAGUGUCAAGACAGCAGCUAACAACCCUGAUGGACCUGAUCUUGAGAAACUGGAUGAAUCCACGACUUUACUAUCAGCGACAUGUGAUACCUUCAUCCAUACACUGGAGGAGUGUAUGAAGUUGUCUAACACCUCACCUACACCACAGCUCUCCGGAGACUCACCCAUUCCCCCAAUCAUCCUCCUUAAGGAAAGAAAAUCUUCCAGUACUUCCACACCAAUAACUACAAGACAGAACUCUACAGAAAGAAGGACAGAAUGAAACUGUAGCCUGUAGGAAUGUGAUGUGUGAAGAAAUUCAAAUUUUGCUGUAUAGAAUCCUGUUCAUGCCAAGUAACAUGAAGUCACCACUGCUACUUCCACACAGAUGACAUCUGGCAUUGUGAGUUUGUGUUGGCUUUCUGAGGCAGUUGCAUUUUUCAUAUUGUGUUUGAGCAUAUUAGAAGAACCCCAAGAACCAGUUGUAAACGUUUAAUCACAAACAUUUCACGCUAACACUGAAUAAUUAAAAGAUAAAUACCUCUCCUACCUCCAUGAUGAUUGAUUAGUAAACAACAGUUACAUUCCUAAAUGCCCUUUGUGAUGAAUUCAAAUAUUAAAUAGGUAAGUAACAAAUUGAAGAUUCUUUACUCUAGUAACUUUCUGCAUCAUAAUUCCUUAAGUUGGUUUAUCCUUUUGGGCACUUUAGUUGAGUUGAAUCAUUAUAGAAACAGUUAGUGUUUGUUUAGUCAUUAAAAAAUUUUGAAGAUGAUGUGAUGGAGGACUUGGUAAAACCAAAGAAAGCUAGAAAUUACAGAAAAUAUAUGUGCUAUGGAGAGAACUAAAUCUAAAAGGUAAGUCACAACAACUGCUUGGGAGAUUAUGAACAAACACAAAUUACACUGUACACCGUAUUUAUUCAUGUUGACGUUGUGAACGUGGAGGAGCGGUGAGUACAGUACGCUGGUGUCAGCUGUGUAACAUUAUUUAUCAUUCCAGUUACAGUGUCCUGAGUAUAUUUUCCAUAUUACUCUUCAAGCUUAUCUUUAUAAUGAAUGAAAUCAAAACAACUUUAUUUUUAAUAGGAAAUUAUUGCAUUUUUAUUUUUGAAGGUUGUGUUGAAAAAUAUUGCUUGUGCAGUCACUGGUUAUUAUUGAACAUAUUAUUAAAAUAUGUUCACCAUUACCAGUUCAGUAAUGAUUUUCUUAUACGAUGGGAAAUUGAUCACUAGCACACGCUUCCAUCCAACUUUUGUCAUCUUAUUUUCCUUUCCUUAAUGAAAAUAAAAAAAUAUUAAAAAACACAGGAGAGUAUGUACGGAAGGUAGAGCACUGACCUAGUGUAGUGUCUAGUGCAAAAAUUUAUAUAUAUUUUUGAUUGGACAGCUAUUACUGUUUACUGGCACCUUUUGUUUUAGUAUAUUUUGUAAAGAUUUUGUCUGUAUACAGUAUUGAGAAGGAUGUACACAGAAACACAUGGGAAAUAGUAGAGUAUAUAUUUAUUAGUUGGUAGUAAUAUUCUGAUAUUAUACUUUAUAAUCAAUUAUUACAGUACGUAUAAAAGAUAUGCAUCAAAAUUUCUCCAUGUUGAAUGUUGUUUAGAAUAUUCACUAGAGAAGUAGUAUAGUAUGUUAAAAUAUUUAUUAGUUUUUGUGUGCUGUAUAUAUUUUCCAUACACUAAAUUUUACUUUUAAAACUUUUUGGAUAUGGAGUUUGUAAGUUUUGCCUCUGUGCUUAUGUUAUGUUGUUGAGAUUAUUGUGAGAAAUGUGGUAAAACUAGUUUACGUUUUUAGGGGUCUUAUCUUCCCCAGGUAUUAUACACUGGUGAACUAUUGCUUCCAAGAACAGAUAGACUGGAAAUAUUGUCAUUGUCAACCUGAAUUGAUCUGAUCAUUUAAUGUGAACUAUUUACUGCAGGGAAGGGUCAAAGGCUGCUUCAUGUGAAUUUCAUUAGAAUUAUUCCUUAGGAUUACAUUUCAAGUGACUUAUUUUUUUAGCCUGCACAGUGCUUGUCCAGUCUCAUGCUGUAAGUAUUGGGCCAAAUUGAGCUGGAUGGGGAACAGUGUUCAUGUUUUUUUUAUCAUUAUCUGUACUGGUAUAACUGUAUUUUUUGGUGAUACUUCUCUCUUUGCUGUGUAUUGUAUUUACAAAGAAGAAACAUCUUGUUUGGCAAAGCAUGACAUACUCUACAAUGUCUGAAUAAAUAAGCUUUAAAAUCUACAUUGCGAAACUCAAAUUGCAACAUAAAUCAAUCCAUUUUGUGAUGAAUAAUUAUACUUAAGGAAUUACUGUACUUUGAAAAGAGAUUUUGAACUGUUGGAUUAAGUAGGUAAUUAGAACUUUAUAGAUUGACAUUUUACUCCAAAUGAUGUGUACUGUACUUGGUAAGUAGUGGCAAAAUGUGCUGUACUGUACUGCAUUGUUAUAGUUUACCAUGUUUUGGAAUGAACUAUAAGACAUAAAAUAACAAUGAUAUUUUGAACAGAUUUUUGUGGGAGCUAUACUAAUAAUAUGCUUUAUUGUACAGGUAUCCUUUGAUAUACAUAUGGGUGAGGCCCCCCCCCCCCACACACACACACAAAAAUUAAUUGUCAAUAUUUUCAUUGAACAAAAGAGCAUGUUGGAAAAAUUGGGUUCGGUUCCCAAUGACAAAAAUACUCCAAUAUCAUACCCCUAAAACACGAAAUUGGUUCACAAACAAGAACAAAACCUACCUAAGAAUAAAUAGUACACAACUACUGUACUCGAAUUUACUACUUAACACAUGAAAAAAAUAGUAAAAUACUAUUUAACUAUACUGUAGUACAUUACCUAGUGGGAGGGCAGUCUGGAUGGCUCACCACCACUAGGGGUGUGCUGAGUAAGGGCCUUACUCAGCAUGAUGAGGAGGAUAGUCCAAUUUCAUCACUGCUGUCUGCCAAGGACACCACAGUCCUCAGCAUGCUUGUAAAUUGUGGAUACAGUAAAAGCAGCUAGACCAAGAUCUUUCCCAAUCCUGGUAGGGCCAUCACCGCAUUCAGUGAGCAUGGAUAUGUCUUUGCGCAUUUCUCCCCAAGAUGGCUGCGCCAGCUGACUCUCGCACAUGAAAUUUGAAUUUUUGCCUGGACCCAAAUUUGUAUAAGCGGGGAGAGCUUUCGUAUCUCAAAAUAGUGGUGUCAACUAAGUAUAUAAGUACAAGCGAAUUUUCAUAUCUCAAAAGUUCAUAUAUCUAAGGAUAUCUGUACUGUACUUAAAUAUGUCAACAACUCAUUUUCUUUUUAAUAUACAUAGUUGUCAUACAGGUUUACAGUUGGAUAGGCAAGUAUAUAAACAAUGCAGUUACUGUGUACAUUUCAGCAGGAGUAUAGACAAUGAUUAUUUUCAUGGUUGUAUCGAAGAGUAUUAUAUAUAUACAAUAUAAUAUAGAUGUGUAAACAAACAGAUGCCAAAGGAGAAAGUUAUAAAGAAUUGUUAUUAAAAGUGUUGUUGGUAAUAUGUUUGUAUUAGGGCUCAAGAAUUGAAUAAUAAUGAUGUUAGGGGCUAUUUGAUUAUUUUUGUAUUGGAAAAGUUAGUUAGUUACAGUAUGGUGUGGUCUUUGUUGCAUUCAUGAUAUUUUCUUAUUGCACAAGUUUUUUGUGUGUUUUUUUUAACACAGAGAAACAUAUGUUUGGGUUUAAGGAAAUGAAUAGAUGAGGGAUUUGAAAUUUCGGUACUGUACUCAACCCAAAAGGGAUGAUGAGAUCGAGGGAGAAGAGACUGUGGCCUGUGUACUGUAACUUAUUAACCAAGACAGACCAGGAAGUCAUGAGUAAACCCAAACAUACUUAUAUUGGUUUCAUAUGCAUUGUUUAACACAUGCCCCAGAUGUUAAUUGUGCUGGUAUUUUAAGUCAGCUGCUGGUGUUUAGUGGAAAUCUAGGGGUUUUUUUCCUCCUUAAGAUUUGCCAAUAUCAUCAUAAUGUAAAAUUGUAUAAGUGAACCAUUUUUUUAUUUGAGAUACAGUAGAUGUAAACCUGAGGACCAUUUAAUAGUGAGAGUGAGUAUGUGUUAUCAUAGUGGAUGGAACCUUUUUUGAAGGAGACAUUAUAACCGUGUUAAUUACAAAGUUUCUUUAUUUGAAUAUAUUUUAUACUUUAAGGUUUGAUUUAUGUGAUGUCUUUUGUAAUGUAGAAUAAAGAUCCACAAAUAUAUGGUAUUGGAUAAUGGGGUUUUGGAAUAAUAAAUGCCUUGUGUAUAAACUGUACUAUAUACAGUAUACAGUAGUAUUGUUUAUACAUAUAUUUCAGCUUUUUGUUUUUUAUAAUAAAUGGAAAAAAUUUAGGAAUUGUAAA